AUGGCUCGUACUUGCUCUAAUUUUGUUUGGGUGACAAAGAAAAAUAUUCUGCUUUUUUGGCGUUCGUGGUUCCAGGCUAUCUUUGUAAUUGUUGUUCCUUUGCUCUUAGUAAGUGUGCUUGUUUUCUUACGUGGAAGGGCAACAAGAGAGGUAGUAAAGCAGCCUUUAAAUUGGUCUUCCUUUCGUGUAGAUAGUGGUUUUUAUUUUUCUCAUAAAUAUGUGGCAUACGCUCCCAAUGAUACACUAAAUCUCCAACUCAUGAACGCGGUUCAUAUGUAUACGAAUUUACAACCUUUUGGCUUUAAAACGGAAGGUGAUGCUGUUGCGUUCUUUCAGAGCAAUGAUGUCAGAUCCAAAGAAACAUUAGGAGCCGUGAUCUUUGAUCCUUUUUCCAAUUUGAGUGUGGCAAGUUAUACCAUAAGACUUCGCUCAAAAAAUGACUGGUCUACGAGAGUGUUAUUCCCAAUGUUUUUCAAAGGCGGCCCAAGGUCUAAGGAUAUUGCAGCGUCUCCCCCAAACUAUAAGGAGGAAUUUUUAGUUUUACAAUAUGCUAUAGAUCGCUCCUUAAUCAACAUAAAUUGCAAAGUGAAUGAUUCCUCCCAAAAAUUGAAGGUCGUAUUACAACGAAUGCCGUUUCCACCUUAUAUCAAAGAUGAGUUUAUAAUUAUCAUCCAAAAGCAACUGGCACUUAUGUUGAUAUUGGGCUUCAUUUUCCCAACAUUGUAUUGCACUCGACUUAUCCUGAUCGAAAAACAACGAGGAAUGAAAGUAAGGUCUAAUCUUAUAUUUUCAGUUGUAGGAAAUGUUAAAGCUCCUGGGAUUAGGAGAAUCAACGUAUUGGUUUUCCUGGCUGAUUACAAACUUGUUUGUGUUUACUCUCAUUAG